CCCUACAACCCUAUGAAGUUUGAAGGUUCUAGGUCAAAUGGUUCUCCAGUUAUUGCUCGGAAAUGAAGUGUGACGUACGUACGGACGGACGGACGGAAGGACGGACAGACGGACGGACGGACAGGGCAAAAACAAUAUGUCUCCUGAGGGAGACAUAAUGAAGCUGCUUUUGUGCAGACAAGGUCAAAAUAGCUAAUUUUGGCCCUUUCAGGGGCCAUAACUCUGGAACCCAUUAUGGGAUCUGGCCGGUUCAAGAAAGGAACCGAGAUCUUAUGGUGACACAAGUUUUGUGCAAGUUUGAUUAAAAUUAAUUCAAAUCAUAAAUGAAGCUGCUAUUGUGCAGACAAGGUCAAAAUAGCUAAUUCUAGCCCUUUCAGGGGCCAUCCCUCUGGAACCCAUAAUGGAAUCUUGCCAGUUCAAGAAAGGAACCAAGAUCUUAUGAUGAUACAAGUUGUAUGCAAGUUUGGUUAAAAUAAAAUCAUAAAUGAAGCUGCUAUUGUGCAGACAAGGUCAAAAUAGCUAAUUCUGGCCCUUUCAGGGGCCAUAACUCUGGAACCCAUAAUGGAAUCUGGCCAGUUCAAGAAAGGAACCAAGAUCUUAUAGUGAUACAAGUUGUGUGCCAGUUUGGUAAAAAUCAAAUCAUAAAUAAAGCUGCUAUUGUGCAGACAAGGUCAAAAUAGCUAAUUUUGGCCCUUUCAGGGGCCAUAACUCUGAAACCCAUAAUGGGAUCUGGCCAGUUCAAGAAAGGAACUGUAAUUUUAUGGUGAUACAAGUUGUGUGCAAGUUUGGUUAAAAUAAAAUCAUAAAUGAAAUCACUAUUGUGCAGACAAGAAAUUGUUGACGCACGGAGGCACGGACUGACGACGGACGACGGACAACGGACAACGGACGAAGGGUGAUCACAAAAGCUCACCUUGUCACUAUGUGACAGGUGAGCUAAAAAUAAAUCAUUGGACUUAUUAUACCUUUGUAAUCUGUAAACUUUUGUUACACUGAUAAAACUUGGGACAGGAUAUCACAUGAUAGAAUUUAUUUGACCUACAAAUCAGACGUCUGCUUGAACACAACUGGAAAAACGCUAAAAAUGGCAACAUCUACAGACUAUAGCAGAUCUGUGAUAGCAGCCUCUGAAAUGAAGGAUAUUUACUGUGAACCUUGUGUGAAUGAUGGUAAACAUAUUGAAGCUGAAGGAUUCUGUGUGGACUGUUUCGAGUACCUGUGUGGACAAUGUUACAAGAACCACACAAGAUAUAAAGCCUUCAGACAUCAUGUGCUUCAAGAUAAGGAUAAAAUGCCUGUAGAUACAGCAAAAGCUGGUGCCAGAGAUGUUUGCCAAGAAAAGUGUGGCCUUCACCCAACAAAGAUUAUAGAGUAUUUCUGCAAGUCAUGUGACAUGCUUGGUUGCCAUGCUUGCAUCACUGUCAAUCAUCGUCAGUGUGAAAAUGUUGACCACAUACCUAACAUUGCUAAGGAUACACAACAAAGUGAAGAAUUGAAAGAAUUUAUAGAUGAGCUAGACUACAACCUAGAAGCAAUUAAUGAAAGAAAGAAAAAAAUCAGUUCAAAUAUAACUGAAACAGAUGAAAUGAAAAGGAAGGCAAGGGCAGACCUGAAAAAGCAGCGUGAUGAAAUAAACACAUUCUUUGAUCACCUUGAGGCAGAAAUGGAAAGAAGAAUUGAAGAUAUUGAUAAAAGAAACAAGAAAAUUUUGAAAACUUCCACAUUUGCAUUGGACUCCAUUGGUGAUGAUCUUAAACAAGUGAAAACAACUAUUGACACAAAACAGAAAAAUGGGCAAAACUGUGAAUUAUUUAUAGCUAUCAAAAACUAUAAACAAAAAAUGGAGACUGUUAACAAAGAAUUUGAAAAAUUAGAUGAUGGAAACAAAAUUCAAAGAUAUGCCUUGACACCUUCAACUAAAAUAAAGGAAGUGUUAAAGAACACAACUGAAAUAUGUAGACUGACAACUGCAAAAUUUGUGUCAAAGAUUAAUAUAAAUACCGACAAUGACAAUGACAAGGGAAGUGUCUGUGGACUUGCAGUGGUACAAAAACACUACCUUGCUGUACUUGAUGACAACAACAAAUCAGUUAAAGUAAUAGAUGUAAGGAAUAUGACAGUAACGAAUGAAAUGAAAAUAGAAUGUUGCUCUAUUCAUAAAAUAACUAAAGUAAAUAAUGAUCAAAUUGCAGUGACAAUAUUGUCAUCUAACUUUCAGGGCAAAAUCCAGUUUCUGUCAGUAUCAAUGUCUGGUUCCCUCAGUAAAGGUCAUCAGAUAGCUGCUGAUACAUUCUACAUAGGUCUGACUUAUAGUAGAGGAAAUUUCUUUAUGUCUAGUUUGGGAAAAGUUAGAAUCACUGACAUGCAAGGAAAGACUCUGAAAACAAUCAACACUGUGGUGGAUAUAGCUGAUAGUAUCGCAGUAAGUCCUCACAAUGAAACCAUUUAUCUGGCAAGUUGCAGUAAAAACACUGUUACAAGUAUGACCCUAGAUGGUAAGAUAAAGGCCAUCUACAAGGACAAUGCCCUGAAAUCACCCUAUGGUGUAACAGUAGACAGUGAAGGUUUGGUGUAUGUUCUUAGUUCAGGGAAUACCCAUCAGCUGACAGGGGACUGCAACAAAAUUCAAACACUUUUAGAGGAUGUAUAUGCUACAGAAAUUACAUUUUCACAUACUGACAACCGACUAUAUAUAAGCCUCGGUAGUGAAAUAGAGGUGUAUCAAAUAGAAUAGAACAAUAAAGUAUUUAUCAGUGAAAACACUGGGGCCCAGAGUGUUUUCACUGAUAAAUACUUUAUUGAACAAGAUGCUUUAA